UUUUGCCCUGCUGCGCGCUUCCUUAACAACUCAACUGUACUCGUGUUAACGUCUAUUGGCUCAGACUGACUCGUUUCCCAUAUAGGUGAUUUUACACUGACCUGGCUCCUUGGAACGGUUUCAAACAACACAAUUCACACGAAAUGUCUAAAUUGGAGCAGGUCCUUGAUCUUGAACCACCGUAUGAUCUCAAAUUUAAAGGUCCCUUCACAGAAGUGGUGACCACAAACCUCAAGCUCAAAAAUCCCUCUGACAGAAAAGUAUGCUUCAAAGUGAAGACGACUGCACCUCGCCGGUACUGUGUACGGCCCAACAGCGGCAUGAUUGAGUCAGGAGCCACUGUCACUGUUUCUGUAAUGCUCCAGCCCUUUGAAUAUGACCCCAAUGAAAAAAGUAAACACAAAUUCAUGGUACAGACUAUCUUUGCACCAUCCACUGCUACAGACAUGGACGCAGUGUGGAAAGAUGCGAAGCCAGAUGAUCUGAUGGACUCCAAGCUGAGAUGUGUGUUCGAACUGCCCUCUGAAAACGAUAAAAUGAAUGAUGUCGAUGCAACCAAAGCUGCCCCCGUCCUCAACUCCAAAGCAGAUGGCACGUCGGCGCCAAGGCCCAGCAGCGCGUCCAUGGAUGACUCUGAGAUGAAGAAACUGAUGGCUGAGUGCAAGAGGCUGCAGUAUGAUGUGGGCAAACUCUCAGACGAGAACAGACAACUCAAGGACGAGGGCCUGAGGAUGAGGAAGUCCCACCGGUCAGACGACAUGGUCACCGGCUCGGGCGCCAUGAUGAGCAAACAGCACUCUUCCAGCUCCCUCCCCUCGCUAAUGGUCGUCAUAGCAGCUAUCUUCAUCGGAUUCUUCCUAGGGAAGUUCGUCUUGUAGGGGUGGGGAGGGGGUGGGCGAGAGAGAAGGAAAGCGGGCCGGCAUAAGCUCUCAUUUGUCUCCCAAGACCCUCAAGGUUUAAAGUGUGUGUUAUCGUUGACCUGCCAUUAUCAGUGAUAGUGUCAGCUCACUGCGUACGUACAUAUGUUCUGUGUACCCGAAUCAUAAACUGGCCUCGACUUUUACAAUCUCACACGGUUAGUACACAUGUGGGGAAAAGCAGAGAGGAAUGAGCUUUCUCUGGGGUUUUCUUGGUGGUGGUGGUGGUGGGGGGGUUCUGUUCAGACGUUCUGUUCUUUUUUUGGGGGGUGAGGCAUCAGGAGAGGGAGGUUUUCUUAACUCAAAUUUUACACUUGUUAGAGCAUCGAUAACAGGCGAGUCGGGGUACUGGGUUCAAGACUUUGGUUGAACAAUUCUAAUGAGUUCUCUUUCUGUGGUUUUAAUAAGAGUUGGAAUGUUCACUGUCUUGUAUGUUAUUUUAAUCAUUUUAAUAAAAUGGGAUGGGGGGGCCUUCCAAGCAAAAGACUGCUAAAUGUUGCUGGAUGGCCUCUUACAUUGAAAUGUAACUGAAUUCUUAAAUCCUUAAUUUUUCUUGAGGAAUGUGAAACAAUACAGUAUGCUGGGAAUAUAGGUGUCCCCUUCCAUGGACAUUUACUGUUUCCUACUGACACACAGAGAAUUAUUAAAUUUCUUUCUAGAUUUUUUCCUUACACAAGUUAUAUCCCUCGUGAGGCAAACGUUGACUGAAAAGAUCUAUGUUCUUGCGGUCCUGUCCCAUGGUAUUUAACAUUGAAAUAAAAUGUUUAACAUU